CCACAAUUCAGCGAAAAGCCACUUUGCAAAGACAGCAGAACCUGUCCCGAGUCUAGGAUAACAUUAUUGAAUACUACACAUACGUAUCUCUUUCCACUUUCAGCCACUAUUUCAUAUCAACAAAACAUCACCUCAAUUGCCUCCUUUACCUUUACAAUACGUGAUUCACAAUUAGUGUUCCUUUAUAGUGACGCUAACUUGGAACUCAAUUAACUACUUCGUUGUCUUUUCAAUCAUUUCAAACCCGAAGUGAGCCAACUAAGGAAGCCUCAUCUACCCUAUCGGACCACUACACCUGUCUUCGAACCCCCGGCACACAGCCACCUCAAAUCAACGCAUACCUGGUCAUCACGAAUCAUUAAAUCAUACGCACAAUCAGCAACACAUCAAGCCUACGCACGCCCUUUCCGAGUACGGUCGCACGUGGCCAUGUCCAACACCGGCCCCUCAGAUCGGAAAUACACCCCCGAACAAAAAGCCGCCGUCCUUCGCAUCCGACGAUGUAAAGCCUCCGCCUUCUACGACAUACUAGACCUCGAGGCCGUGAGGAGUACGUGCACGGAGGGCGACAUCAAGAAGGCUUAUCGCAAGCAGUCCCUGCUGACACAUCCCGACAAGAAUGGCUACGAGCACGCGGACGAGGCCUUCAAGAUGGUCAGCCACGCCUUCGGCGUCCUCGCCGACAAGGACAAGCGCGCCAUGUAUGACCGCUGGGGCACCGAUCCCGACAACAAGUACGAGACCACCAGAGCCCAAGCCCAGGACCCCUUCUCGAGCGCGAGACACGCCGGCCCGAGGGCAGGAUUCGGCGGUGGCGGGCAGGGAUUCGGCGACGAGAUGACACCAGAAGAAAUGUUCCAGCGCUUCUUCGGCGGUGGGUUCGGCGGCGGAUUCGGUGGUCCCUUCGGCGGCGGCGGCGGGUUCGACACGGGCCCGCAGUUCGUGUUCAACCUCGGCGGCAACCGCGGCUUCCGCGUGCACCAGAUGGGCGGCGGCAACCCGCGGCGGCGGCCGCAGAACCCCGAGGGCGAGCCGCGCGAGCCCCAGACCGGCUGGGACACCUUCAUCAGCCUGCUACCCAUGAUCCUGCUCUUCGUCUUCCCCGUGCUAACCUCGCUCUUCGCCGGCGGCGACAGCGGGCCCGCGACCCCCACUAUGGCCUUCGACCACGCCGCGCCCCCCCUAACCCUGCACCGCACCAUCCCGGGCCUCGGUGUCGACUACUACGUCAACCCGGCCGAGGUCCUCGACUGGAAGGACUACCAGUUCCGCGCGCUCGACAAGGAGGCCUCGGUCAGCUUCCGCCGCGUCCUGCGCCGCCGCUGCGAGACCGAGAUGCGCACGAAGCGGGAGCUGCUGGAAAAAGCAGAGGGCUGGUUCUUCGUGGAUCCAGAGAAGAUGAAGAUCGCGGAGCAGUUCGAGAUGACGUCGUGUAUACGCAUGGAGACGCUGGGGUUCGCGCGGUAGCGAGAAGGCCCGGCUUGAGAACGGCAAGGGGGCUGGGAAUGAAAAGAAAAGAAAAGAAAAGGCAAAUAGGGG